AUGACAAACAACAAUAGCAACAAUGGCAAUGGCGGCAGCAACUCGGCGGCGAGCUGGCUGGGCUUCUCGCUCUCGCAGCACAUAGACGACCACCAGCAUGUGCAGCACCAGCAACAGCACCAGGGCCUCUUCUACCCCAGCUCUGUCGCCGCCGCCUACAGCCUGGGCACCGACGUGGCCAGCGGCGGGUAUUACUCGCAGCUGGCAUCCAUGCCGCUCAAGUCCGACGGUUCCCUCUGCAUCAUGGAAGCUCUCCGAAGAACCGAUCAACAGGAUCACCACGGGCCGAAGCUGGAGGACUUUCUUGGAGCGGGGCAGCCAGUGAUGGCGCUGAGCCUGGACAACACCUCCAGCUUCUACUACUACGGGGGCGGAGGCGGUGGUGGUGGCGGUGUGCACCACGGGAACGGCCACGGUGGCGGUGGCUUCCUGCAACAGUCGUACGACUUGUACGGCGGUGCUACGGCGGUAGCGGCCGAGGAGGACGCGGCGGCGGCCACGGCCAUGGCGAGCUGGGUGCAGGCCGCGCGCGGCGCGACGAGCGCGUACGCGACGGCCGAGAACGUGCUGUCCAUUGCGGCAGGAGCAGGCCAACAGCAGCAGCAGCACCUUCACGGGCACCACCCGCUGGCCCUGUCCAUGAGCUCCGCCGGGUCGCUGUCCAGUUGCGUGACCGCGGGGGCCGAGUACGGGUCCGUGGUCGCCGCCGCAGCGGCGGACGGCGGGCGGAAGCGUGGCGGCGCGACGGCGGGGCAGAAGCAGCCAGUGCACCACCGCAAGUCCAUCGACACGUUCGGGCAGCGGACGUCGCAGUACCGGGGCGUCACCAGGCAUAGGUGGACGGGGCGGUAUGAGGCGCACCUGUGGGACAACAGCUGCAAGAAGGAAGGGCAGACCAGGAAAGGGAGGCAAGUUUAUCUCGGAGGGUACGACAUGGAGGAGAAGGCGGCUCGGGCGUACGACCAGGCAGCACUCAAGUACUGGGGCCCUUCCACCCACAUCAACUUCCCCCUGGAGGAUUACCAGCAGGAGCUGGAGGAGAUGAAGAACAUGACGAGGCAGGAGUACGUGGCACACCUCAGAAGGAAGAGCAGCGGCUUCUCUCGCGGCGCGUCCAUGUACCGCGGCGUGACCCGGCACCACCAGCACGGACGGUGGCAGGCGCGCAUCGGCCGCGUCUCCGGCAACAAAGACCUCUACCUCGGCACCUUCGGGACGCAGGAGGAGGCGGCGGAGGCGUACGACAUCGCCGCCAUCAAGUUCCGGGGACUCAACGCCGUCACCAACUUCGACAUCACGCGCUACGACGUCGACAAGAUCAUGGCCAGCAAUACGCUCCUCCCCGGAGAGCUCGCCAGGCGCAACAAGGACCCCACCGCCGCGCCGCCACUUCCCCUGCCCGCCCCCGACGACAGCGCCGCAUCUGCUCUGGUGCCGUUGUCCACUCAGACUCAGAGGACGGACACCGGUGGCCGCGGCCACCACCACGACGUCCUCUCCUCGGGCGAGGCCUUCUCGGCGCUGCACGACCUGGUCACCGUCGACGGCCAAGCCGCGCAGGGCGGCAACGGCGCGCACGUGCAUAUGUCCAUGUCGGCCGCGUCGUCGCUGGUCACGAGCCUCAGCAACUCCCGCGAGGAGAGCCCGGACCGGGGCGGCGGCCUCUCCAUGCUCUUCGCCAAGCCGCAACAGCAGCAGCAGCAGGCGACAACGACGGUGCCGUCCCCGAAGCUGAUGAGCACCCUGGCGCCGUUGGGCUCCUGGGCGUCGUCGGCCAGGCCGGCAGCCGUGUCCAUCGCUCACAUGCCCAUGUUCGCCGCGUGGAGCGACGCAUGA